CGGAGGAAUUCCUCAGUGAGCAAGUGUUUACGAAUUGGUGUAUUCGAGAUACAGUGCUGUUGGCUACUCGUGGUGUUUAACCUCAAAUAUUUUUUCGGAGUAUAUCGUGAAAAUUUACAGCGAUUACACAUAAUCAAACGAGUGAUGGAAAACAUAGAGGACAUAAUUAGAGUGAAGGAAGAACCGAAAGAUGCAGGCGAUGAUAAUAUGUUGGAUUCAGUGGGCUCUUGCAAAACCGAAAACUUUGAAACCUCGUCGUUUUAUGAAUCAUCGGCAAAUCACGAUAAUGAAGCAACUGCGUUAUCCGAAAAGUCGAAUAAAAAAAUAUUCGUUGACUUUGAGUGCAAAAAUGUUAAAACUGAACUAAAGCCUUUAUUGGCAACCGUCUGCAAAACUGAAUAUCAAAAUAGUCUACCUAUUGUGAAAAUUGAGAACGAAAAUCAGAUCAAUGACAUCGAUGGAAAAAUAUUCAUUGAUUUUGAAUGCAAAGAUGUUAAAUUUGAACUGAAGUCUAAAUCGGAAACAAACUGCAAAUCCGAGUAUCAAAAUGUUCAAACCCUUCUUAAAGUAGAAAACCAAAUUCAGACAAAUUACUUGAACGAUGAAUUUGGCGAAUCGGAAAAGAAAAAAAUAUUGGCAAAAAGGAAUGAAACCAAGUCGUUUCAUAAGCUUAAUGUGUGUGAAAAAUCUUAUGAUGGAGAAGCGAGUACAACAACGAAAAUCAAUACGACACAUAAGAGCAAUAAACCGUAUGAAUGUGAUUUUUGUCACAAAUUAUUUUCACAAAGAAGUAACUUAACUGUACACCGAAAUUCAGUGAAUAAUCAAGGUAAACCCUUCGAAUGUAAAAUUUGUCACAAAUCAUUUGGAUGCAAAGGUAACCUUAAAUCUCAUGUAAUGACUGUACACGACGGCAAGCCCAUAGAAUGUGAAAUCUGUCACAAAUUAUUUUCAUACAAGAGUAUAUUGAAGAAACACGUGAGUUCAGUACAUAGUCUUAGCAAACCCUUUGAGUGUGACACUUGUCAGAAAUCAUUUAGACAAAAAAGUGAUCUCAAAAUUCAUAAAAAUACAUUACAUAAUCGUAGCAGACCCUUCGAAUGUGAGAUUUGUCACAAAUCAUUUGGAUACCAAAGCCAGCUAAAGACUCACAUAAACGCAGUUCACUAUAAGAGCAAACCAUUUGAGUGUGACAUUUGUCAUAAAUCCUUUGGAUACCCGCAACUAACCAAAAGUCACAUUAUGACAGUACAUAAUAAUAUCAAACCGUUCAAGUGUGAGAUUUGUCACAAAUCAUUUGGAAUACUGAAGGUUCUGAAUAGGCACAUAAAUGCAGUACAUUAUCGGAGCAAACCCUUCGAAUGUGACAUUUGUAGCAAAUCAUUUGACCGGAAGUAUACCCUCAAAUUUCACAUUAAUACAGUACAUAUGCAUAAAAAACCCAAUGAGUGUGACAUUUGUCACAAACCAUUUGAACAUAAAAGUCGACUCAAAAUUCACAUAGAUACAGUACAUAUGCAUAAAAAACCCUUCGAGUGUGAUGUCUGUCACAAAUCAUUUGGACUAAAAAGUCACCUCAAGCGUCACAUAAAAGCAGCACAUGAUCGGAGCAAACCUUUCGAAUGAGAGAUUCGAAAUUCAAAACUCACAUUAACGUAGUUCGUGAUUGUACCAAAAUUUGAUAGUGUGAGAUUUGUCCGGAGACAAUUGGACGCAAUUACACGAAUACUUUCUAUAAUUUUGGAAAAUCUUUCUCAUAAAUAUCCUUUAAUUUCUUCUUUAAUAAUAAACCAUUUCAAACUGUCA